AUGGAUGUUCCGUCCUCAAUCCCGAGACGAGCAGCCAAUCGCGACACGGCUGCCACACAGAAUGGCUCUCCUACAAAACGGUCCUCCCGCCAGUCGCUAGACCCCAUCACGCUUAGCGAUUCAAACAUAGAUGCGGAUGCUGCUUAUUUGAUUGAAGAAGCAUCUCGUAGGUCACCUACUAAACGACAACAGUACGAAUACUAUGAGUCUGGCGCUAUGAAAGCGGCCCCAUCAUCAUCGCCCGUGAAGUCUGGUCGACUUGGGGCUAUCACAGAGGUUGAAGGGCGCCUUGCAAGAGUUUCCCUUGCAACAGAAAGCUCUGUUGUACACUAUGGCGAUACCCCUCAAAAAAAAAACGAUAAAGAAAAUAGACCGCCAUCUCCAUCGUCUCCGGCAACUUCUCAGGAAACUCCACAGAAACGGAAAGGACCAAAAGCGCCUAGGCCGCAAAAGACACCUGGAAAGACGAGGAGUUAUGAUCCUGAACGACCUUUGACCGCAGAAGAGCAGAUGAAACUAAGCGAUCCGAAAGUUAAGAGGAUGCAAAAUGUUGCUCAAUUGUAUUUCCUCGAUUACUAUUUUGGACUUUUGAAAUAUGUCCAUGAUAGGCGAACUCGUCUUAUGAAAUUCAAACAGGAAAACGAUGCUGAGGCCGAUAUUAAUCCGGAAGACUAUGAGGCAAAAUGGAGCCAGUAUUGCGGCAGGGAGCGCGUUCACCUAAGAAAGCACCGAACCAGGUUACGCGAAACUGAUUUCCAAAGAUUGACGCAAGUCGGUCAGGGUGGCUACGGCCAGGUCUUCUUGGCCAAAAAAAAGGAAACCGGCGAAGUUUGUGCUUUAAAGAUUAUGAACAAGAAGCUUCUCUUCAAAAUGGAUGAGAUCCGCCAUGUUUUGACGGAGAGAGACAUAUUGACAGCUGCAAACAGCCCAUGGCUAGUAAAGCUUUUAUAUGCAUUCCAAGAUGAAACAAACAUCUACUUGGCAAUGGAAUAUGUCGCUGGAGGCGAUUUCCGAACACUACUUAACAAUACAGGAGUUCUCCACAACAAACAUGCCCGAUUUUAUAUCGCGGAGAUGUUUGCCUGCGUCGACGCUCUCCACCAGCUAGGUUACAUCCAUCGUGACCUAAAACCGGAAAAUUUUCUUAUUGAUGCUAGCGGUCAUGUUAAGUUAACGGACUUUGGGCUCAGUGCUGGCAUCUUAAGCCCAUCUAAACUCGAAAGUAUGAGGCUUAAACUCGAUAAGGUCAAAGAAAUGAACAUGGAUCUUGUCAGGCGAUCCACAAUUGAGCGUCGCGCUGCAUAUAAAAGUUGGAGGGAAAACGAUGUUAACUAUGCAAAAUCAAUUGUCGGAUCACCAGACUACAUGGCUCCUGAAGUCCUUCGAGGAGAAGAAUACGAUUAUACAGUAGAUUAUUGGUCUCUAGGAUGUAUGCUGUUUGAAGCCCUUGCAGGGUACCCACCUUUCGCCGGAGCUUCCGUUGAAGAGACUUGGCACAACUUGAAGCAUUGGAAGAAAGUUCUGCAGAAGCCAGAAUACGAGGAUCCCAACUAUUUCCUAUCGACGAGGACGUGGGAUGUAAUUACUCGUUGUAUUACUACGCGGGAUAAACGUCUAUCCAACAUAUCUGAUGUCUUUAAGCACCAAUAUUUCUCAGAAAUCGACUUUGCUCGCCUACGUACCUCUCGCGCCCCCUUUGUUCCAGAACUCGAUUCGGAAACGGACGCUGGGUAUUUUGAUGAUUUCAGCAACGAAGCCGACAUGGCAAAGUACAAGGAAGUGCAUGACAAACAGGCAGCCCUUGAGAAACUAGAAGAAAGAGACGGCGUUCUCGAAAGGGGAGCGUUCGUCGGCUUUACCUUCAGGCACCGGAAAGAAAACAUUAUGGAUGGGAUUGGCCCCGGUGGAGCAAGGGCCGCACAUGGACGAGAAUCCCCUGAGAAAGAUAGGAGAACCAGUGACCUCGGGGAUCUUAGUGCUCGCUCCCACAUCUUCGCUCUCCAGGUCUGUUAA